AUGCACAACCUUUUUCUCGGGACUGCAAAACGAAUGAUGGAUAUUUGGAUUGCAAACAAUUUGCUUGAUGACAAAGAAUUUGUAGAGAUGCAGAAAGAGGCUAAUAGAAUGGUACUCCCUGUAGGGUAUACCACUCUGAAGAUAAAGAUUGGAAAGAAAUUUCUGUUUAUGAAGGCAGAUGAGUGGAAAUCAUGGUGCCUGAUAUACUCUCCUGUUCUGCUUAAGACACGCCUGCAAGAUGAUCUGCUUGGCAAUUGGAUCCAUUUUGUCGAUGCAUGCAGAGAAUUGACGAAACCAAGUAUCACCAAAAAUGGGAUCAAAAAAGCUCACGAAAGUUUGGAGGAGUUCUGUGUUGGUUGUGAAGACUUUUAUAAACCAGAUGUAUUCACGCAAAACAUGUAUCUCCAUCUCCACCUAAAAGAAACGAUUGAGGACUUUGGGCCAAUUUAUGGAUUUUGGCUAUUUAGCUUUGAGCGCUAUAAUGGUGUAUUGAAAGGGUUUGAGACAAACCAGAAGAGUGGGUUUGAGAAUACCUACAUGAAAAGGUUUCUUGAGAGUUCUUACAAUGGUGACUUUUGUCAAGCGCAUCUCAGAAAUGUUACCAGCCCUUUACUCCUCUCUCUCUUUCUCAAGCUGUCUGGCCGUAAAAUCUAUAAUCCUGCACUUUCGCCACAUCCUUUGAUACCGUCAUUCUUUCACUUGCCAACGUUCCUGCAAUCUGCUGAAAAGCCUUCAAAGCAAACAUUUGGCAACCAACCUCUACCUCUUUCCACUCUACCAUUGUGUUUGAAGCUACCAACAACAAUGAGAAAAUCCGAGUAUGAUUGUCUGCUCGAUUUCUAUAAAAUUGAGUAUGACAAUGAUUCUCUUUGCAGUGCCAAGACAACAAUCAGGAAUUGUUGGUUUGUGAAUGACCGAAUCCAGAAGAUUUUGUCCAUCAAUCUUCUUGGACAAGUUUACACAGGUGGAGAAGGCUUGGUCGUGAGAGGAUUGCAUAUACAAGCGAUAUUUAUUGAAAAAAGUGGAGACUCUGAGGAAAGAUAUGCUGGUCAUAUUAAGUACUUGUUCUUGCACAAUUUCACACCAAACCUCAUGCACACCAACCUUUCUCCUUGUCACAACCCCCAACACGUAUUUGCCUUUGUUGAGUGGUACAAAAUUUCUUGCCAUCAACCUAGAAUCAAGCAGGGCAUCGAGUUGUAUGAGCCAGAAUUUCUGAAGUAUGACUACAACAACAUUCUGCCUGUCCAUCGCAUCUUGUCACCAAUUGCAAUUGGAAGUCAUGUGUCUGGUAGUGGUGCGGCAAAAGUCGUUGUUAUUCCUCUGCCAAGAAAGCUGUACGCUUAA